AAUUAAGAAAGAAGGUAAUAUAAUAAAUAGAGGCAAAAGAAGGCAAAUUAAAUUGAGGUUUGAUGGUUGGCAUGAUCAGCACAUAAUAUUCACAUAGUAUAAACGAAUAAGGUUGUGUCAGAAUACACAUACACAUACACAUACACGUAUGUUUGUGUAGGUGGGGUUGAAAUGCGGAAGAGCAUACCUAGGGAAGAUAUGCAAAUAAGCUUGUACUGCGUGUUCGGGGAUGCAGAAUUGGCAUCGUCUCCAGAUCUGGAGGCUGCGCGGUCCGGAAGGGAGAUUUCCACGUCCGCCUGCGUUAAUUUUAGUGAGGCAACAAGGCAAGUUGUGGUGAAAGAGAAGCUAAAAUCAGUGGGAAAAACGCCAUCGGCGGCUGAGCUGGAGGACUUCUUUACGGAGGCAGAAGACUACGUCCAGAGGCGAUUUGCUCAAAAGUACAACUAUGACAUAGUGAAGGAUGCUCCAAUACAGGGAGGGAGGUACCAGUGGGUUCCUAAUCCUACUCACAUUUAGUGCUGAUAAUUAGUACUACUUUAAAAGCUAUACAUAAUUUGUUUGCGGUGGCGAAAAUGGAGUGUUAAAUGUUUUAUUUGUCUUGAAUGUUGUGUGUCGCAUCAAGAGAGUUUAAUCGAUCGCUGGUGUCUAUUUUUCA